AUGAGUACCAAUCCUCUCGCCCGUCUCCUAAUCUUACAAAAAAAACUCGAACAAAUCACCCUUCAGGAGCCUGAGGCGGCUUUGCUAUCAUCAAUCGACAGGAAGCAGCAGCAACAAUCCCAACAGCAGCAGCGGCAGCAGCUGCAGAAGACACCACUCCAUCCGGGUCCGUUGGAAGAGCUUGACUUCUGGGAGCAGAAGGCCGCGGACCUCAACGGCAUCUUUGCCCAGCUGCAGUCGGUUCGGGUCAGAAAGAUCCUCCGGUACUUGGACCGCAACAAGAGCACCUACUCUACCCCCUUCGCCAAGCUCUGCAAGGAGGCUUUCUUGGCUAGAUCGGAAGCGAACGAUACCAACAGGUACUUGCGGCCGCUGCGGCCGUGGCUGCAGCGGCUGGAAGCGGAGAUCGUUCCGGAGAACCUGCCGGGACUGUACCGGCCGGCGCUCCACAUGUUGCUGCUCGUGUGGAAGAGCUCCGGGUACUACAAUACCAGCACGCGGCUCGUCGUGUUCGUGCGGGAGGUCCUGGGCAAUUUUAAGUCAACAUACUUUGACUACAAAGCCAAAGCCGCUGUGCAGUGUCCAUCAAACCCCUGGAGGGUGCAGAACAACGCCGUCUUCGCGAGGAUGGACGCGUUUCUCGAGCGCUGUCACGACGUCUUGGACCUGACGGUAACCAUCGCCCAGUUCCAAAAGCUGGGCAACCUCGAGGUCGGGGGGACCAAGGGAAAGGUGCUCACCACUUCGAUUUCUCAGAUUCACCUGGACUUUGGCCUGGCCGUUGACGCGGUGAAGAACGUGGAUUAUGACGUCAUGGACCUUGACGCAGCUGGUGCCUUUGAAAGCAGCUACCAGACGUUCAGGCUGUCCGUGAAGAGUCUGGAGAGAAGGUUGGCAUCUGUUCUGACGCAAGCGUUCGACGACUGCCCCACGCUGAGGGGGCGCUUCCGGCUGCUGGACUGCUUCUCGGACCUCGUGCACAGACCCGCCAUCGCCGAGGAGCUGCAGCGGAAACACGCGAAUAUGGUGCAGGAUUUCGCCACCGAGGUUGGCGCAGUCAAGCAGUUGUUCAUCAAGCAGAACGAAGACCCUCCGAUUGCCAACAAUCUCCCCCCCGUCGCCGGAGCGUUAACGUGGUCGAGAGGCCUGUUGGAGAGGGUCUCGCUGCCGAUGUCGAAGAUCACAGAAUUCGACAACAAGGUGCUUGCCACGGAGGAGGCUCGAGAGCUGGUCAAGGCUUACACCCUCCUCGUUGGGCAGCUGGCAGACUUCGAAAACCAAAACAUCGAGGCCUGGGGCGCGAGCAUCCAGGCUUCGAUCGAGGCCAAGCUGAAAAAUCCUCUCCUGGUGCGAGAGGCGGACAGGCUGCUUAGGGUUAACUUCGACCCUCUCCUCGUGCGCCUCCUCAGGGAGGUGAAAUACUUCCUGCUGCUGGAAUUGCGAGUGCCCGAGUCUGCCCUCGAGGUAGGGCGAAGCAUUCUCACAACCAAACCACAAAAACUCACACGCGAAUGCAAAUGA